AGUAUGCACGGUGACGCAUUUAAAUUAGCUAGAAAGCCUUGAUGAUAUUAGUCGAAGGUAUAUAAGUCACAUCUCACAAGAACCGGGGUUAACCACAGGCUAUAGAUCCGGAGGACUYUGGUCGAUCAAAACUGUCUUCAACUCUUUGAACUCAGGAGGUAAUCUGCACUACUCGCGAUCGAGGAAGGACGAACGUUUCAUCUACUAGUAGUAAAUCUUCGUGGCAAGAAUGUAUAAACCUACUAAAGUAUCUACUGAGCUUGAGCUUYUAGAGAUGGAGAUGAUGGAGCGUGGAAUUCAACAGGGCAUGCAGGAUCCACAAAAUCCUCACGAUAUGAAGAAAGCCAAAGAAAAGGAUAAGGCAUACAGACGUAGUUACACUCACGCGAAGCCGCCAUACUCGUAUAUAUCACUUAUCACGAUGGCCAUUCAACAGAGCCCCAACAAGAUGCUGACGCUAAGUGAAAUCUACCAGUUUAUAAUGGACUUGUUUCCGUACUACCGACAAAACCAACAACGAUGGCAGAAUUCCAUACGACACAGUUUGUCGUUCAAUGAUUGCUUCGUCAAAGUCCCGCGCUCUCCUGACCGACCAGGAAAAGGCAGCUACUGGACACUUCAUCCAGACUGCGGGAAUAUGUUCGAGAAUGGAUGCUACCUACGUAGACAAAAGCGCUUCAAGGCAGAGAAGAAACCUGACCUUAGCCACCUAACCAAAGUAAGCAGYAUGGUUCAUAAUCCUAUCAGUGUACAGAGCAUGUCCAAGGUAUCGCAACAACGGUCUCUCGCACCACCAAGCUAUUUGUCUCCAUCUCCGUACGGGACACCCAUGGGUAUGAGUCAUAUGGGCGGAAUGAGCAGUAUGGGUACUAUGGGCAUGGGGAUGGCUAUGAAUAAAUCCUUCAACCAUCCAUUUGCCAUCAAGAAUAUCAUCGCCAACGACCACGAAGCGGAUCUUCGAGGCUAYGACUCGAUGCACUUCAGUCCUUACCAUCCGACGGCUYUAUCCCAGUCCAUGGGAUCGAUGGGACUUCCAAAAUCAGCGUACGAUCCUCAGCCUAUAUCAACCGAUUCAAAUCCAUACUAUCAAGGUUGUGUAUUUACUCCUUCGAGUUGCACAGGAAUAUCUGGUAUUUCUAACCUUUCGUGAACUUACUAGAUAACUUUUMAAAUGAUGUGACCUUGCCAAGCGUGGAUGCAAGAAUAUAUAUGUAUUACAGACACUACGAGACUUGAUGUAUAUAUAAUAAUGCACUGGAGAAAUAAGUUACGCGAACGUAUUUUAUUAUGUACAUGUUGCUUGAAACUUUAUUAUGAUUACAUGUUGAUCUACUUUAAAACACGAGAGCUAAAUUGAAAGCUCUAGUUCAUCAUAAACCRCAUAAAAUAACGUACACAAAUGAAGAAACCAAAUCAAAUUAAUAUUGUAAAAUAGGAACUAUAUCGAUAAAAUACAAAAAACAAGUUUUACAUUGAUUAUAGAGUAUUUUGAAGAAAAUGAAUCUUCGUAAAUCAAAAUAUUUUCAAAUUGAAUCAACAAGAAAUGAUUUAUAGUUAAUGUUCAAGAAAUCGAAGUAGGUAGUAAGUAUAUUUUAUGUUAAGGUUGAUAUAUUGUUGGGUAUCUAACUGCCGGGCAGAUUAGACCAUAUUUUAUCACAGUCAGUAAACCAGUCAUUCCAUACAUCGAAUACAUGCGAGAGUGACCAAGUUUGGUUAGAUUUGUUUUGAUGUCAACCCCGUAUUUAACACACGAUUACUUUUAUUUAUAUUAGUCUAGGGAGAGGUUUUUGUAAAUUUGCAGUCAUUGCCCAAAUAGCUGUUUGUUAGUUCAAGAGAAAUAAAUUUAUAACGAAUCAA